AACCUUGCUUGUGAUUCCAACACCAAAAGUUCUGUCAAAAAAUAUUUUACAGUCAAAAAGAAAAUUGUCUAUAAAACUCCUUGCGGAAUUCAACUUUCAUUUAUCGAACAAAUUGCUGAGUAUUUACAACUUACAAAGCAACAAAAUUUAUCAAUUGAUAUGUUUACUUUUGAUCCUCAAGUUAAGCCUGAAAUUAGAAUUAAAUUGGCUAAUGUUGGUCAAGAAGCAAUUCCUAUACCUUUAGUUAAUGCUGUGGAGAAUGCCCCUUUGCCUGCUAUGAUUUAUCGACCGAGGAGAACUGGAAUAAAAAGGAUGGAACCAGGUGGAAACAAACUUGUUGAGGAAUCUAUUAGUCCAUUUUUCUGUACUGGCUGUACUUAUGACUGCACGAGUGAUAAUUGUGAAUGUCGUCAAUUAACUAUAGAAGCACAAAAUCAAUUGAGCGAGUCUUUAAAAGUUCCAAAGUCCUCACCUAAAGGAUAUAAUCAUCGAAGAUUGGAAAAUAAACAUAUUAGUGGUAUUUAUGAGUGUAAUUCCAACUGUAAAUGCAAUAGAUUAACUUGUUUCAACCGCGUUGUUCAGCAAGACCUUCAAAUACCUCUAUCAGUAUUUUUUUUUAAUUUUGUUUUAAAGAAUCAUUUUUAG